UGACCGGAUAAGUUAUUUGAAGGUCAUUACGAGUACCAAUGCUAUCGGCAAUAUUCACAAUCUUUUCUCUUGCUUUGCUUCUCUGGACUUGCUAUUGCCUCUCACACAGUUGAACCUCAACUUAAUGAAAUGGUCUAUUGCAUAAGGAUUCUCACAGGACGAAAACCUUUUCCUUGAAUUAGACAUGCAAAAAGUUCUCUCCAUAUGGGUGCCCAGAUUUCCUUGCAUCUUUCUGUUUCUUGUGGUCAAUUGGGAUUUGAAAUCCUAAAUUCUUCUUGGUUAUUGGCCACCAAAAUACGGUUACGGAAUAUGCUACGGAAUAGACGAUGUGCUUGGAAGGGUUUAAAUUAUAUAGUAAUUAAAAGAUAAAAAACUUGUUAUUAUAUUAUAUAAAAUACUUUUAUACAAUCAUACUUGUUACAUAUUAGGAUCGAAGGAAUGAGGUGCUUGCCAAGAAUCUUUAUAUAAGCUUGGAAAAUGGUUUGUUACUUUGAGCUUGGAAAAUCUACGGUAGGCUUAAAUAGUUUUUUUUUUUUUUUUUUUCUUUAUCAAAUCUGGUCUAAGUCGAAUUUAAAUGAGAAAAGAUUCUUGGCAAAUAUUCCUUUUUGGCCCUCAAGUUUCUCACAAUAAAGGAGCCAAUGACAUAGGCAAGAAUGAAGUGGUGACUGUACGUUCACAUAUUCGUUGCCUGUCCUUAACAAUUUCCAAUUUUCUCGCAAGAUGUCUCUUCUGUCUUCGAGCAUUUCCCUGUUGCACAUAUGCGACAUCCAUGCUUUAUUUUUGUUGUUCCUUUUGGUCCUGGCAAUUCUACAAAACAUUUUCUGGAUUUGAAGAAAAGAAUCCAAGAAUUUGACAAGAUUAGCAGAAAUAACAAAAAAAAAAAAGUAAUCAUAUGUAGUUUCUUGUCAAGAUGGCAAGAUGUUUCAGUUUCACCGCUUCCCGUGAUUGGUUCUACCGACUCUCAUUCGCCAAUGCCGGUCUCCAGGCCAUCACAUCCGAUAUUGGAGAUGGGACAAUCAUGCGUUGCUGGAUUCCAAGAAUCCAAAAACAAUCGAAACCCAAUCUUGUUCUUGUACACGGCUUUGGUGCCAAUGCAAUGUGGCAAUAUGGCGAGCAUCUCCGUCACUUCACCUCCCGUUUCAACGUUUAUGUUCCCGACCUCCUCUUCUUUGGCGAGUCCUACACAUCAAGGCCUGAAAGGCACGAGUCUUUCCAGGCCAAGUGUCUGAUGAGGCUAAUGGAGUCUCAUGGUGUGCGUAGAAUGAACCUUGUGGGAAUCAGCUAUGGAGGGUUCGUUGGGUAUAGUAUGGCUGCACAGUUUCCUGAGGUUAUAGAGAGAAUUGUGUUGUGUUGUGCUGGGGUUUGCUUGGAGGAAAAAGAUAUGGAAGAGGGUUUGUUUAAGGUAUCAAAUUUAGAUGAAGCAGCUAGCAUCUUGCUGCCACAGACACCUGAGAAAUUGAGGGAGCUGAUGCGGUUAUCGUUCGUCAAGCCUGCUAGAGGCGUCCCCUCUUACUUUCUUGCAGAUUACAUCAAUGUUAUGUGUACAGAUUAUGCUCAGGAGAAGAGAGAAUUAAUACAGGCCAUACUUACGGGACGAAAGCUUUCUGAUCUACCCAAGAUUACUCAGCGCACGUUGAUAAUAUGGGGAGAGCAAGAUCAGAUAUUCCCUUUGGAACUGGGAUACAGAUUACAAAGGCAUGUGGGAAAAAGUGCAGAAUUGGUGGUCAUCAAGGAUGCUGGGCAUGCAGUAAACCUAGAAAAGGCCAAGGACUUUGCUAAGCACUUGAAAUCAUUCCUCAUUGGUUCAGUUUCAUCUCCUUCCACUCGAUCUCUGAAACAACUCUUCCAAGAGUACAAAGAUUGGUUUGAUCCUUAAAUUGUUAUAUAUAACAUUGAAUCGUUUAUUUCUGUUAUACAUUCUUUUUCUUUCUGAAAAAAGUGAAAUUUUUAUUGAAAGGCAGCUGCUCUCUCUUUACUUGAAAACCUCUUUUUGUCUCUUCUCCUCUUAUUAUACAGAUUCAGAAGAUAUAUAAAUGACGAUAAAUUAAUUUUCCA